UGUUUUGCAAACUCUAUUAUUUGAUUUAUUCAAACCCAAUCAAAUAAAGAUUAUGUAUUACAAGUGAGGAAACCAUCAUGGCAACAAUGAAACCAUUAUUUGUGAAGUUUUGAUUUCAAUUUGGUCAGGGACUACAUGCUUCUAAUAUCUCAAAGUUUGAGUACCUAGACCAGAAACGCUGGUUCAUCUGGAUCAACAGUCACGUGGUCACUAUCCUGCCAGGGCUGAAAAUUGUUAUUGUAGUUUUCUUGCCCUUAUAAAAAGUUGGAUAGCUCCACUUGUUAUUGUUAUAUAGUAAGCCUCAUAUUUGUGUCUGCUUGGGUUUAUGAUAAAAGGCACCAAAACCUUUGCCACAAAAUAAAGAAUGAUCAUAGAAGAAUGUACAUGGCUAUAAUUAUAAGUUUAUAACUGACCAUAAUGUGUUUUUUAUUACUAAUUGUAAAUAUUUACUUUUAAAUGACUGUACUAGGGUUUGUUUUGUUUUUGAUAAAAGACUAUUGGUUUUGUUUGCAUUGCAUUUGAUGGAUUGGAAAUUUCAACCCAAUAGUUUUAGCCAACUUGGGCUUACUUGUACAGGAAACAGCACCAUAUUUGGUAAAAGUGGGUGACAGGUUUAAUGUAAGAAUUUGAGGGGUUUACUAGGGGUUAGAGGUACAGAUGUAGGGGUUGGAAAAUCAUUAGGACUUUUACCUAUUUGCAUUAGAUGGGGUAGGCAUCUUUUUGGGGUUGGAAAUGUUAGAGGAAUUGGAAGAGAUAAGGGUUAGUUUCAAGGAGUUUAUAUUGAAGAUAUUUAAAGGUGGAAGGAGGAUCGUGAUUAAAGGGAAUCCAUGCUCCACAAAUCUGGCUACCUCUAUCCUCUCCCUUAUUCCCUAGUUACAAGUAACUACUAGCGGGCCUGGUUAGGUCUUACCAGAUAGCAACCUCUGACCAUAUAUGAAUGAUGCAUGCUUUUACGUGUUAUGUUUAAGUAAUUUUAACAAGUGAUGUAUGUUUAAUGAUGAGAUAAAUUUAAUUAAAAAUCCCUCAAAAGUUAAUAUUAAGUCACAUAAAAAUAUGUCAUCCAAUGCAUGCCACUUGUCAAGGCUAGGACAGAUUAAGUGUAGGUCUGCUGAAGCAGGAUGCCUUUAUCUAUACUAGUAAGACAGAUAGAAUAUAUGCAAUAUCUAUAUGUCAACCAUUGGGUACAACUAGGCUAAUUUCAAUAUGAUUGAAAAGCUAAGAGGCACAGCGUUAGCCAUUAAUUCAUAAGAUUAUUUUGAAUAAGUGUUCACCCAAACUGUACAAGAGUUGCAUGUGAUGUAAUUGAAAAGUAUUUUCUACUUAACUAGCCAAAUAGUGUUUAGAGAAAGCUACUCAAAACUAGGUGAAUUAUGGAUCUUGACUCACUCAAAAAUUCUGAUGGUUUUUAUGAGUCAUUGUUGUAAGCAUUGAUUUGAAUAAAAGAAUGGAUAUUUAAUAAAAGACCUUUCUGAAUAUGUUCAUUGCAUUAUACUUUGCAUGUUUCUGUUUUUAGAUUACCUCGACAACAAACAGAUUAGGAAAUUUAUUGCUGCAAUCUAUCCUUUAGAAGGACAAACUAUCUAGAACAAACUUUCCGGAAUGGUAAAGGAACUUGAGGAUUGUCCUCCAGCACGAGAAAAAACUAUAUGUACUUGAAUGACGACUUCCUGAACCACCUACUACUACUGCCCCUAAGGUUGACAGGGGUGCUUACAAGAAACAUCAGGAUGAUGCCCUAGAUAUUGGUUGUCUCAUACUUUCUACCAUGAACUGGGAUUUGCAAAUACAAUAUGAGAACAUGGAGGUUUAUGAUAUGAUCGUGCAUCUCAAGGUGCUCUAUCAAAAGCAAGCAAGACAUGAGAGGAUUGAGGUUUCCAGAGCCCUUUUCCAAUGCAAGCUGGCAGAAGGAGACCCAGUUGGUCCUCAUGUGCUCAAGAUGAUUGGGUACAUUGAGAACCUAGAGAUUGGGCUACUCUCUAUGUUUGCAUUAUACUUUGCAUGUGUCUGUUUUAGAUUACCACGACAACAAACACAUUGGGAAAUUUAUCGCUGCAAUGUAUCCUUGAGAAGGACAAACUAUCUAGAACAAACUUUCCGGAAUGGUACAGGAACUUGAGGAUUGUCCUCCAGCACGAGAAAAAACUAUAUGUACUUGAACAACGACUUCCUGAACCACCUACUACUACUGCCCCUAAGGUUGACAGGGAUGCUUACAAGAAGCAUCAGGAUGAUGCCUUAGAUAUUGGUUGUCUCAUGCUUGCUACCAUGAACUCGGAUUUGCAAAUACAAUAUGAGAACACGGAGGCUUAUGAUGUGAGCGUGCAUCUCAAGAUGCUCUAUCAAAAGCAAGCAAGACAUGAGAGGAUUGAGGUUUCUAGAUCCCUUUUCCAAUGCAAGCUGGCAGAAGGAGACCCAGUUGGUCCUCAUGUGCUCAAGAUGAUUGAGUACAUUGAGAACCUAGAGAGAUUGGGCUACUCUUUGUGUCUUGUGUUGGCCACUGACUUGAUCCUGCAAUCGUUGCCGGAUAGUUAUAGUCAAUUUAUCAUGAACUACAACACGGACAAUAUUGACAAGAGUCUAGACAAUGCCAAGCUUGCUAGCAUGUUGAUAACUGCUGAGCAGAAUCUCAAAAAAGGAAAAGGGAAGGCCAUUCUGAUGGUCCAAAAUGGAAUGGAGAAGAAAUACAAGGGCAAAAAGAAGUUCAAGCCAAGUACUUCUUACCUGAAACCUUUGGGUGGGGUGAAAAAGAAGGGAAACUGCUUUCAUUGUGGUCAAACUGGGAAGAGGAACUGCCAAAAAUAUUUAGAAGAGUGCAAGAAGAGGAAAGAGAUUCGGCCAUGGACACAUAUGAUGGAAGUUCCACAACUUCAUGGGUUUGGACCAGCUGCCAAUCGACUAUUGGAGGCUUACAAAAUGCUUUUGAAGUUUUUGGGGAACCUACGGAAUCUUAGAGACUCACAUGCAGCUCUUGCUUUUGGAUCUUCUGAGACUUCGGAAGGGCCCUCUUCUGUCACGAAAGUAAUCUCUGAAUGUGAAUCUGCAAUGACGGUCUUAAAUCGCGAUCUUGGAAUUCUAUCUGCUUCCAUUGCUCGUGAACAGGGAGAGAAGAGGAGCACUUGAUGAUGAAACAAUGUGAGAACAAGAUUAAUCCUUAUUCUUUUGAAGUUUGUGAUAUUGUUGUGCAUAGUACUCAUAUUUGUUGACAUAAUAUGUGACAAUGUGGUGAAUUCUACAUUGCUAUAUUAUCCGGACUAGAAUUUAGAAAAUUGCAGUUUCUUUUAUUUUAGAACGGCUACAAUGGUUGUAAAUGUGUGUCGGAUUUGUGAUUUAGUGUUUGGAAAUUUUGAUUUA